AUAGGCGCAUUCAACAUUCACAUUCAACCUUCAUUCAACUAUUCAUAUUCAUAACAGAAGAACACAGAAGAAUAAAAUGGUCGAAGUCCACAGAGAUGUUAUGUGUGUUUAUUGGAGAUAGGUCAUUCAAAUUAUUUUUUCCUCUGGUGUAAAUGGAGAUUCAGUGAAAAUGCCGUCUGUGCCGCCUCAAAAGGUCGAGCUUCCUAAAUUUGUUGAUUCCUUAUGGUGUGUCUACACCGUUUCAGUUUUAGCUGCCUUCAAUGCAGAAUUUGUUACAUAUCCUUUGGAUUUAAUCAAGACGAGGCUUCAGAUCCAAGGAGAACAGUCUAAAAAUGGGAAACUCGGCCAGGCACCGCACAGAGGAAUGAUAAGGACGGCAAUAGGGAUCAGCAGAGAAGAGGGUCUCAGAAAGUUAUGGCAAGGUGUCCACGCAGCCUGUGUCAGGCAUGUGAUAUAUUCAGGAACGAGGAUUAUUACUUACAAACAAUUGAAGGAUAAUUUUAUUAAAAAGCACCCAGACCAAAAGUAUUUUCCCAUCUGGCAAUCCGCUAUAUGUGGGGUCUCAGCAGGAGCGUUAGCCCAGUACCUCGCCAGCCCCACAGACCUCUUAAAAGUACAGAUCCAGAUGGAAGGCAAGAGGAGAUUACUAGGAUUGCCGCCUAGAGUUAACGGUCUGUGGGAUGCUUUUAAGAAGGUUUGGACGAACGGUGGAAUCAGAGGAUUGUGGAAAGGGUCUGUUCCAAACGUACAAAGAGCAGCUUUAGUAAAUUUAGGUGAUUUGACUACUUACGACAUAGCCAAAAGACAAAUAAUGAAGCAAACUGGCCUUCCCGAUGAUUAUGUCUUGCAUAUUUUGUCCAGUAGCUGCGCAGGAUUCGUUGCAGCAUCCAUGGGCACUCCUGCGGAUGUCAUUAAAACUAGAGUGAUGAACCAACCCUUGGACGAUAGAGGACGGGGUAUCCUCUACUCUUCCUCCAUAGAUUGUCUACGAAAAACCAUCAACCAAGAGGGAGCAGGUGCUCUCUACAAAGGUUUCCUUCCCAUAUGGAUGCGUAUGGCUCCAUGGUCGUUGACAUUUUGGCUGACGUACGAAGAAGUAGUGAAGCUUAUGGGUGCAGAGAGUUGGUAGUAGUGAGAGUUUAGGUUAAAUGAGAGAUAUCACACAUUCAGGUAUACUGUUCUAAGAAAAAAGAACAAGAACUAGUGAUUAUUAUUAGGUUCAUUGAGUAAGAUCAAUGAUGUAGUCAAAUAGGAUUCUCUUUGUCUUUAUUCCUAUGAGUGUUCGGCUCCAUUCAUCCACAGUUUUCUAUCUUGGGUCAUAAUAAUCCUUUUUAUCAACAUGUCCUACAUAAUUGUCUUCCCCCGGUCUUCUUUCUCCUUCUUGACGAUAAUAUGCAUAUACUAGCCUUCUCAAAUGCUACGUGUUGUCCGCAUUAUUUUAUGGGUUGGAGGCUUGGACAUUAAAGAAAGAUGUUUGUCGAUGGAAAGAUGGAUGUCGAAUUAUGGGCCUACAGAAGGAUAUUAAGAAUAAUUUGGGUAGAGUCAUGAAUAUAGAGGUGUUGAGAAGCAUGGGAAAAUAAAGAGGGAUUUUAAAUACAAUUAAAGUUAGAAAACUGCAAUAUCUGGAACAUGUCAUGAGGGAAGAGAGGUAUAACUUGUUGCAAUUAAUAAUACAAGAAUGCAGGGUAGAAGGAGUCGUAAGAAGUAGUCUGUAGAACACAAUAACAAAAAGCCGCUAGAAAUGCACUGGCAAUACUGCAAUAUUUUGCUAACUGAUAAUUCACUAAAAGUCACUAAAUUAUAUCAGUAUCUAUUCAUAGGCUAUUGAUUAUAUUCAAAAUAAGAUAGCUAAAAGGAACUACAACGUUAACGGGGUUUUAUUAUUUCAUAUGAUCAAUGGACAUCUAUAUAUGAAAAAACCGCGGAGUGCUACCAUUUAAAGGGGUGCGUUUUUGAGAAAUGGGUGAAUUAGUCCCUGGGCACAGGUUACAUUAGGGUGAGUUCUAUGCACUUUUGGUACAAACAUAUCUACAUAAAAAUUGUUCCUGGUUAAAUUUCCUAUCUAAAUAUCACUUUUUAAAGUCAAUGGUACUUUUUUUUUACAAAAAUAUGUUCAAAAGAAAAAGCACAAAGAUACCCAAAAGAAAGGAAUUUUGUUUUUUGUCCCGUAACUUUUGUCCACGAGGAUAUAGGUAUAGACAUUGCUUUACAGAAAAAAAACCUGCAUAUCUCUUCUUUAAAAUGUUGUUUAGUAGAGGUAAUUAGGAUAUAUAGUUUUCGAAAUAUGAUUUUUCAAAUUUCGGCACUCACAGCAAUUUUGGGCAAUUUUUCUUGUUAUUUUGCAAAUAUUGUUCUGUAACUUUUUUCUACGUUACUUUAGGUAUAUGCAAUGGUACAUGCAAUAGGAAUAGAAAUGAAUUGUCUUUAAAAUGGUCUACUGUAUAACGUUGUACGAUUUUUUUUAAAGAGAUUAUGGUUUUUCAAGGUUUUAUACUUUUAACGAUUUUUUAUAAUUUAAUAUAAAAAUAAAAUAAUAUUAUUAUAUAAUACAUAUAUUAUAUUAUAAUAUUAUAUUAUAUAUAGUAUAUAUAAUAUAAUAUUAUAUUAUAUAUUAUAUUUUAUAUAAUACCUAAUAUAAAAAAAAUAUUAUUUUUUACAUUUUUUACAAUUAUUUUUGAAAUUUCUCAUUAUACCUUUUUUUCUUCUAGAUUUAGGUAUAUAUUAUAUUAUAUAAUAAAAAAAGCUUAUUUUGUUUACUUUAAAAUGGUGUAUUACAAAAAAUUCUAGGAUUAUUUUUUAAUAAGAUAUUAUUUUUCAAAUUGUAAUAAGUACUUGCAACGAUUUUUGAUUUUAGGAUUAUUUUUUUAAUUUCUCAUUAUAACUUUUUUUUUCUUGUGCAUGAAUAUACUAUAUAUUGCUCAAUAAAGAGGGCUUACUUUCUGUUCUUUAAAAUGGUGUAUCAUCUAUAUUUAAAUAAUGGAAACCGAGUGAUUCUUUGAUAUUUUUUUACCUGUAUUAUUUAAAAUUAUUUCUUUUACAAAAAUUACAUAAACAUUAGUCUUAGAAAACAGUUUCCGCGGAGAUAGUCCGAACGAGACCUUUAUCGCAGUAAAACGAACCAGUUGUAAUGAGCAGAGAAGAUAAAAAAUACGAAGAGCUAUUAUUUCGAACAGAAAGUGACGGUACCACGACAGACGAAAACGACAAGAAGAGAAAAGAGGAAGAAUUGGAACGGGCUUUUAACAAAAGUCGAAAAAUAAGCAGAUCUCCCUCCUACAGAAAGGAGAAAAUGGAGGAGAAUAUACAAAAAAUUAUGGAAAUGAUGGCAGGAGUAAGUCUAAAAAUCGAGGAACAAUCAAGAGAACUUAGCGAGAUGCGUAGAGAGCAGAAAGAAUAUAGAGAUGAAAUAAGAGAGCUACGCCAGGAGAAUGUAACAUUAAGAGAAGAAAACACGAAACUAAAACAGGCAGUUUAUCAAAUAGAAGAACGGCUUGAAAGUUUAGAAAAUCAAAAAAGGCGGAAAAAUAUAAUUAUACAGGGAUUGAACAUAGAUACAAAUGGGCCAGAUAUCCUAAAACAUGCAAUGAAAAAUUUUAUGCAGACAGAAUUAAAAGUAGAUGUACAAAUAGAGAAGGCUCUGAAGUUAGGAGAAAAAGUUUGUCUGGUUGAGCUUGAAAAGGAAGAAGAUAAAAGAAAAAUCAUGCGAAACAAAACCAAAUUGAGAAAUCGAGAAGAAGGUCUAGUUUAUAUCAACGAUGACCUAUCAAAGAACGACAGAAUUGUACAGAAACAUGUCAGACAAAAAGCGCAAGAACUAAGAAAGGAAGGGAGAAAAGUGAAAGUAGGGUAUAAGAAAAUAUAUGCCGAUCAUGAAAUAUGGCGCUGGGAUGGAAUGAACCAAACGUUGGUGGUAGAGACCAAAGCAAAAAACUAAGCAAUAGCAAUGAAAGGAAACAAAUGACGACGAAAAAUGCAAAGAAUAGGAUUACGAACUAUGGAAAUAGAACAAAUCAAGACAGCAAUAAAAAAGAAAAGCCGAAAAAUGACAAGAUACAGUUUGCAACAGGGAUAAAUAAGAAGGAAACGACGCAGGCAAUGGACAAGGCAAUAAGUAAAGAUAACAAAAAGAAAACUAAAGUCAACUUGGGUACAUGGAAUGUAAGAGGCACAUACGAAACAGGAAAACUCAAAGAA